AUUAGAUAGUUUUAACUCGAUCGUGCCCAUCACCACGGACUAAGAUACACUAGACAUACUAUAGAUAUUAUGUUUUUUGCGUUUUUUGGAAAAUAUAUUCAUUAUUUUGAACCAACUUUAGAUUUUAUAGCUUGGACGAUUACGCAUUUAUAAAUUUGCAUAAGUUUAUAUUUCAUAAAGGUGCAACAACAUUGCGCACUUUUUACCUUUUUAUAUUUGAGAAAAUAUAACACGAUUGCAUAUUUUUGACUAUAUUAUGUAUUACGUUAUUAUUUAUUAUUAAUGUUGGGGAAAUUUUUUGAACUUAAUUUAUAUAAUUUAUUUUUUGUUUGACGUGCGUCGUGCAAUAAAUAUUUCAUAUUAUACGUAUUAAAUUAUUAUUAUUUUUAUUAUCAUUAUGAGUAAAUCUUAGAGUUCUUUAUUUUCGCAGACCAAUACCGAAGAUUAUUCCUUUUUUUGAUUAAUUGUGAUGUAUUAUAUUAUAUAAUUAUUUAUUUUUGACUAUAUUGCAUAUUGCGUUAUUAUUAAUGUUGUUAAUUUUUUUGAAUUUUAUGAACUUAAUUUAUGGUAUAAUUUGUUUUUUGUUUCAUGUAUAUAUUAUAAUAUAGGUACUAAGUUUUAGUAUUUUUAUACAGAUACAUCAUGCAAGAAGCACUAAAAUUUGAUUUCACAACCGCACCAGAUCCGGUGCUGUUCGACGAGAGCCUGGUGGCGUCGUACGAUGAUAUGCUGGACGCUGAUUGCGACGAGGACUGCGAUCUCGAUUGUUCGAUGACGGUGUCGGUGGCCGACAGGCGCGCGGCUCACGACGCGUUCCGUGGAGUGCCGGAAACGCGCGUGGCUCAGAACCUGCAUCUGUGCGCGUGCAUCGAGCUCAAGCACAGGACGGUGGACACGGACGACGACAUCAUCGAGCAGACCGCCGAGUUCUGGCUGGGCGGCGGGGACGGCGACGACGACAUCAAGGUGAAGGUGUGUAAAACGUUUUUCGCCCACACCCUAGGACUGCCGGACUCGCGGCUGGAGGCGCUGCUCGAGCCUCACACCUUUGAAUGGUUCUCGAGGCACCGCGACUGCGGCAGAUCCUUCGGCGACCGUGACAGUGACGACUGCGGCAACGGAGAUGUAGAUGAUGACGGAGAUUACGACGACGACUACGAGCACCGCCGACGGCGUUACGCCGUAACAACGUUCGGUGACAACGACGAAAUACCCUGCUCAGAUUUCGUGCUAAAUUCAAGAAAACAUUUGAACAAAAACAAUUCGGCAUUUGUUGAAGAAACAGAUUCGGACGUAGAAGUAUAUUUGGACGAAAUACCACAUUCAGUCUACAAUAACGUUAUACGUCAUAUACAAACAAUACCAAGAGUGGUGAGCACUUGGAUAAGCCAAGAAAACAAGCAGGAAACGUUAAAAUUCGAAUGUAGUAUUAAUUGUCGUUCUUUGUAUUUAAAUUAUUUGAAAAAAUCAAAGAAGAUUAAAAAUAAAGUAAACGAAAAGCAGUUUAAAAAAAUAUAUAAUAGAUAUGUUAAGAAAAGUUUUAUGGUAUAAUUCCGAUUAACAUUUUUAUAAAAUAUCAAUCAAAAACGUGCCUUAAUAUUUCAUAUUAUUUUAUAUAUUAUCUACAGAAUGUUUUUUUCCAUGUUAUUAAAAAUAAUUAAAAUAUUUUUAAAUGAUCGCUAUAUUAUAUAAUGCACGUAUAAAUUAUAUCAAUUAUAUCCAUAUAUGGAUAGUUGUUUAUGACACGUAAAUAAACAUAAUAUUAUAUUAUAUAGUCUUUUUUU